AUGGUCUCACAUAAUACUGAAUUUACUCGAAAAUUAAGGGCUGCUGUACGUGCAAAAAUCGAAGAAUAUGGAAUUGAUGUGGAUGAUGAAUUGCCUGAUUAUGUAAUGAUUAUGGUUGGAAAUAAAAAGGAUAAAACAAGAAUGAAGACAGAUCUGAAACUUUUUUUGGGUGAAAAUACAACAAGUUUUGUUGAAUGGUUAUUUGGGUUUUUCCAAAAAGUAAAACAACAACAAUCUGCAUCAAAUUCUUCAUUGCCUGCUAUUUUGAGUGAAUCGACUGAAAAGAGUGUGCAACCCAAAGAACAACCAAAAAAGUUAAAUCUACAUUCCGGCAAUGAUUUAUUUUUUGGCAAAGCUGAGAAAAUUAAAACGUUUAGCAAAACAAAACCUAUUGAAUCGCCAAAAAGAAAAGAAAAGAGAGAUUCAUCAAAAACAUCCAAACGAGAAAAACAUUCAAAAUCUUCUAAACGUGCACAUUCUCCUAAACCUAAAAAAGAAAUUAAACGUGUUGAAAAGAAGCAGCACGUGCAAACAAAACAUCAUAGCAGCAAAAAACAUUAUAGCAGCGAUGAGGAGGAAGAGGAGGAAGUUGAAAAGCCUUCAUCACCACCUUCCUCUCUUCGAAAACAGACAAAACCUGAGCCAACAAAACCCGAGCCAGUAGCCAAUGCACCUCCCCCUUCAACAACUUUUGCAAUUCCGAGAGCUGUGUUGCGUUCUGUCGUUGUACAUCCCCAACUGGAAUAUUUCAAGCCUUCAAAUGCCCCUCGUAUUCUCCCUCCUCCACGUUCGCCUUCUCCUCCUGCAUCAGUGGAUUCUCCUCGAUUUGAUAUUGAAUAUUCAGAUGAGGAUAAAACUGGUGAAAAUGAUAAAAUCAGUGCGGAUAUUGAAUCUGUUGAUGAUAGAAAAGAAGACAUUAUUGUUGAAAGAAUAGAAGAAGAAGAAAAAGAAGAAGAGAAAAAGAAUGUUGAAGAAGAAAAGACGACGACUAUUGUAACGGAACGUCCACACAAUCGAGAGGUUGUAGUGCCAAAAGCAAAGCGUAAAGUAUCAGACUAUCCAUCGUCACGGCUUUUUCAACGAGCUUUAUUUGGUGCUCAAGGACUUAAUAUUGAAGCCAAUACAUCUCGAAAACAACAAAAUGAAGAAACUGAAGUAAAAAUACCGAAAGAAGCAACUACUGACCAUCAUCCAAUUGUUCGUCCUCCAUCUCCAACUGGAGAGAAAAUUGUUAAAAAAUGUGAAGGUGUUGCUAAAGUCUUUGCUAAAGCCAUACAAGAAACUAAAAAGCAAAGCGAAACACUUACUAAUGUUCAAAAUCGUUCUGUUGAAAGAAGGGCAGUAAAGAGGACAGUUUGUGUUGAUGAAUUACCAAAUUCGGAAAAGAACAACGCCGAUUUUCUUGAAAAUAAAAGAAUUCGGAUUGAAAUGGAACAACCGAGUAUUACAAUUAAAGAAGAAGAUGAUGAAGACGUAGAUGAUCUUGUUCUGUUAGUUAAUUUAAAGGCAACAAAACGUUCAAUUUGUAAGGAAAGGAAAAAAUAUAAAAAACCAAAAUUUGGAUUGGAAAUGCUUAAAGAACAUAUUAAAAGUUCUGUUGUAAAAACACCCAAAACAACAACACAAAUAGUUGAGGAAGAUAAAAUUGAAGAAAUUAAAGAAAAAGAAGUAGUAAUAGAAAAAGAAGAAGAGGUGAAGGAGGAUGAAACAAUUGACCAAAAUAUUCAAGGAGAAGAGAUUGCUGUUGACCCAGAACAAAAUGAUAUUCGCAAAAUUCGUGAAUUUGUUGUCAAUCUGCCUAUAAGUACACCUAAAUCUCCAAGUGUAGUUCCUUUGUGGGAUGGUUGUAUUUCUAUUGAUGAUAUUAGCAGUACUGAUGAUGAGGCAGAGAUUGAUGCAGUUUUAGAAGAACAACACAAUUUGAAGAGAAUGGCUUUGGAAAGAGAAAAGGAACUUAAAGGAAGAGAAUUGCCACCAACAUCUGCACUUUCCCGUCCAUUGGUACACAAGAGAGACGUAGUUGUAUGUCUUCAAGAAGCCCUAAUGUCACCAACAGGUUGUAGUACUAGUGGAGGUGUGUCUGAUUUACUUCAACAAUCUAUUCAACAACAAUUUCUUGUAUCAUCCUCCUCACAGCAACAACAACAACAAAUUAAUAAUAAUAACACAACUAGACCUUAUGCAACUGUUGCACCUUGCCAAAUAACUACGCCAACAUUUACGUCAACAGCAUCAACUGGAACUAAUAUUUUACAACAACAACAAGUUCAACAAAAUGAUUUAUUGUCUUUAGUUUCACAAAUUGCUGCUUCCGUUAAUACACAAAAUCAGCGAAUGUCAAUUCAACCCCUUAGGACUAAACCAAAAAAUGCACCUUCUUUUGCUUAUCGUACAUUUUCAAAAACAUAUUCUCCAGCAAUAAAUAGUUUUCCUUUCCACAACAAAGCAAUUUCUCAAAAUCAACCUGUGUUAACACAAUUACGUGAUCGACAUCGACAAACCUCUAAACUUUAUAGUGAUAUGUUAGAAGAGCAAUUACUUCUUCUUGCUCAAAUCCAAAAAAUGUCUUCAAAUCCAAAUAAUUCAGAAAAAGUCAAAACUUUAAUGUUUCGCUCAAAAAAUAUUGAAAAGAAGACUCAACAAUUGAAAAAACAACUUGAAGUUUUAAGUGCUAGUUUGGAAAAUGUUAAGAAAUCUUUAAAUUGA